GAAAAAAAACGCUAAGUCUGUGUGAUACCUCAUGGACAGUUUGGAAAAGAACUUGACUUUAGAGAGUGCUUAGAAGGGCAAGUACAGAAUGUUGCCCAGUAUCCACAGUGGAAUCUAUCCCAAGUGUACUUUUGAUUCAAAAGGACUAUUUACUACAAACCUGGAACUAGCAUUAGCACGCAAUCAAGUUCAUGUUGCAUCACAGCAAGCCAGACUUCCACCACCUCAAAGAGAAUCCUGGACAAGGGAACCUCUUGACUUCAGCUAUAAACUGUAUAUCACUCCACACAUUGUCAGGAAGCCAGCAGAAAAAUCUAAAGAAAAGCCAAAGAAGAAGGAGAAGAUGUCAAUGUGUGCACUGUGUGAAGAUCUACAAAGAAUAACGUCCAGGUGGAUUCUCCCAGACAUAGAAGAGCAGAAGCCACCAAAGAUAGUCACCAGGUUUCCUCAUAUAGGCCCCUAUGAAGCACAAUUGAUGUUUGUGAAGAAGGGGAAAUAUAAGUGUGGCAGGUACCAAGAUCCCAAGCCACAUGAUUUUAGACAGUACGAAACAGGUAUACCAGAUUUUGUGACAAGCUAUGCCCGAGACCCUUUGAAUCUAAAGUUCAAAUCACAGCAUUUAAGCACAGUCUAUGGGCUUCAGCCUUUGAAAGAAGAAAAAAGAGGAUCCAAGGGAAGAUUCAUUACACACAAGCCUCGGGAACUCAAGUGGGAUUCCAAGUUAUUUCUUCCAAAGGAGCCUUGGCCUACGAAAUCUUGUUCCUUUACGAGGUACAAAGACCAACGACGUGCACACAGCGCCUUUAUAGAACGAGUGGAAGAAGUGUUAAGCAAACUGUGGCAGGAAAAGGCAAAGCAGAAGCAGGAUGAAAGCAGGAAGCUACCAGGCAAUCCAGGACAAAAUAAACCAAGGGCAGCUGUUUCUGUUGAGAGAAUGACGCAGGUUGAGAGGAGGCAAAAAGAAAUGCUCCCUCUAUCGCCAUCUACAGGAGCAUUCAGCUGUAUUAGGCCAGUAACACACAUAAAAUCACAGUCUCUGGGCUACUUGUUGCCAACUGGGAUAGUCCAGAGUGUUGAUGAUCUGAGAUGCAAAUAA